AUGGCAUGCUGCUUCUGUCGCUGGCGCGCAGUGUUAAUCUGUGUGUGCACGCCCUUCAUCUCCUUGGUCCUGCUGUUUGCCUACGCUACUGUCAUGUUGUGUAUGACCAUGAAUAACACAGAAUCAACAUGGAACCCCACCUAUGGCCCUGAACCUGUUCACUUUGUGGCCCCGGGAACUUUAAGUAUCAAGGACUACGCCCCACUCCCUAAAACUUUCUGGGAGCUCCUUCAGCACGGGGACACCAUUUGGAACCGUCUCCAGCUGACCAUCGACCGCCAUUUUAACCCCAUCCUACGCCCCAACAACAUCAAGAGGGGAUCUGAAAACGGUACCUUUUAUGAGUCCCUACUGCAGCAAGCUAUUUCUGAAGUUACUAACUUGGAAAUUAUGAGGGAAAACUUUGAUCAGCUACCACAGCAGAUACAAGACUUUGUGAGUCACAUGCAUAGGAGAAACUACCCAACCCUCAUCCAGCCAGACAGAGAAUGUGGAGCUGGGGCAAAGGAUGAGAGGGAGGCCCCUCUCCUUCUCCUGGCCAUCAAGUCCAUAGAGCAGAAUUUUGAGAAACGGCAGGUCAUUCGAAAGACCUGGGGCCAGACGGGAUGGGUAGAAAGACAGAGGCAGAACGUUAAAGGAGGAGGAGAAGGUGGAGGAAACGUCCGCAGGGUGUUCCUGCUCGCGAAAGGAAGAAAUGAAAAUGUGGGUGUGAAUUUAUCUGAGUCACUGCAGAUGGAGAGCGAACGUUAUGGAGAUAUUCUGCAGUGGGACUUCAUGGACACAUUUUUCAAUCUCACCUUGAAAGAUGUGCUCUUCUGGAGCUGGUUCUCCCACUCGUGCAACCGGACUCUCUUCGUCUUCAAGGGGGACGACGACGUCUUUGUCAACACCCCGAGGCUAAUGACGUACCUCCGGGACCAGCUAAAGAAGCCACAAGCAAACGAGACCAUGAAAGACUUCAUGAUUGGGGAUGUCUUAGUCGGCGCACCCAACCGGGACAUCAAAUCCAAGUACUUUGUCCCAGAGAGCUUCUACAAGGGCCUCUAUCCUAUGUAUGUGGGCGGUGGAGGGGUGGUGUACUCAAGCGUGUUGACUAAACGCCUAUACCACAUGUCUAAAAGGGUUCAUAUGUUCCCAAUCGACGAUGUUUAUGUGGGGAUGUGCAUGAUUCGGCUAAACAUUCCACUGAUCCACCACCCUGCCUUCCUAACGUUAGACUUUCCUAACAAGGAAGAGGAGCAGCUGUGUUCCUAUCACACAAUCCUAUUGGUCCACAAACGAAGCCCCACCCAGGUAGUUAAACUGUGGGCCGACAUGAAAAUGACACAGGAACAGUGUUGGGAUGUGCCCCUGAGAGGGGAAGUCAAGAAGAAAAUCUAA